CAUUCUCUCUUUCUCUAUCUUUCAAGUUCAUUCAUCUAAGCUUUUUACGUCCCAUCACCCAAACGCUCUCCUCUCUCCCUCCCCUUCCCAUCUCCUAAAUUCCACAACACAAAUUAAAAAUUAAAAAUUAAAAAUUAAAAAUUAAAAAUUAAAAAGCCCUUUUUUAUUUCCAAAAAAAACAGACAAUCCCACCACCACAUCAACGCUCUCAACCUUUCCCGUGAAUCCAUUUUUUUUGUUUUGUUUUUCAAUCUCUUCCCUUAAAAAAUUUCAUGACUUUGCCCAAACCCCAACAACCCAAUUAAGAGAAGGGAUUGUCGAAAUUUCAUGAUUUUUUCCAUCUCCUCCCUUAAUGGAUUCCGUGACUGAAUCCGGCGGUGGUGGGUCGUCGGAGCCCACGGGGGAGGGCUCGUCAGCUGGUGGCUCUGCUCCGUUGGCGGCAGCUCCACCGAGUCGGUAUGAAUCUCAGAAGAGAAGGGAUUGGAACACGUUUUUGCAGUACUUGAAGAACCACAAGCCGCCACUGUCUUUAGCGCGUUGCAGUGGCGCUCACGUGAUCGAAUUCUUGAAGUACUUAGACCAGUUCGGGAAGACUAAGGUCCAUGGAUCGGGCUGCCCGUAUUUCGGUCACCCCAACCCCCCUGCUCCUUGCCCCUGCCCGCUCAAGCAAGCUUGGGGCAGCCUCGACGCCUUGAUCGGCCGCCUUAGAGCCGCCUACGAGGAGAACGGCGGCCGCCCCGAAUCCAACCCAUUUGCCGCACGUGCCGUCAGGAUUUAUCUCCGUGAGGUCCGCGAAGCUCAGGCCAAAGCCAGAGGGAUUCCCUACGAGAAAAAGAAGCGGAAAAGAGCCGCCACCAAUGUGUCGGUGCCUCCACCAACUGAUGUUAGCUUGGCGGGGAGUAGUAGCUCCGCCACCGUCGGUGGCGAUAUUCAACCGGAAACAACCGCUUCUGGUGAUCAAACCGGUGACGCUCCGCCGUCCACAACCGCCGCUUCCACCACCGUAUAGUCGCUUCUACUGGUUUUUCCUUCAAUUACUUUCCUUUUCUUUUUUUUUUCCUUUUUUUAUAAAUGUUUUGCGUCAAAUAUUAGCAUCAUCUCAUCAUCAUCAUCAUCUCUCCUAAUUGUGAUUAUGAGCUUUAUUUAAUCAUAUAAUAUUCAACCAUUCUCAUUAA